UAUAACACAUUAAAAUUGUAUCUUAAUUUAUUUUUUUAGUUCGGACAACUAGAGUUUGAAGGUCAUUUGGCUUUUAACCAUAAACUAUGGUUGUAUCUAUUUUUAUUUAUAAAAUCUCUCUUUUAUUUUAUAUGGUUACAUAAUGGAUUUUCUAUAAGAUUUUACUAAAACAGAGAAUAAACUAAUUUAGUUUUGGUAAUUUUAAUAUAUCAUUUUAUCGUAUUUUCUGUGAACCCAAUAUUUAUUUUUUACACAGAGGUGCGGAAAAAUAAUGGAGUUGUAAAUAGUUAGAAAUAAAAGAGCAACAUUUAUGUGGAAGCCCCCUAGCGUAUUGGUUAAGGUUUAAAGGCUUCUACACCCAUGUCUGGGGUUCGAAUUCCAGACUAUGCAAUUUCUUGCAGAUUAUGGGAUGCGAAGCUUUCGGAGGUUCCAGAGUACUAUAAGCAGAGCCGUUCGUUGUGGUCGCCUGUUGUGGUGAGAGCCAGUCCAUCGAGGAUGUCGUACAUGCAGAACUGUCCGUGGUUUCAAGUGUUUCGAAGAGAGCUUCAUCGUGGAAUCAUUAUUCGUGAAGCUGUUCAUCAAUAUCGCAUAUGUUGCAGGUAAUUGAUCAUCAUAUGUAAUAGAUUUAAGAUUAUAUGAUGAUGUAAUGUGUUAUCCAACGUUAAAAAAAGAGCAACAUUUAUAAAUAUGUGCUUAUUUAUCUAUAAAUAAUAAUAAGGAUAAGGUUGUUAUUUCUUAAUAUUAUUACAUGUCAGUUCGAUAUUAGCGGGUUGAUCUCUGUAACUAUUUAUUAAUCAUCCCAAAUUCAAAACUCUUUAUCGUUUAUCCAAGAUCAAUGAUUUGAGUUUGCAAUAUUCUCAAACAAUUAACAAAAAGUUAGUCAAAACUGCAAACAAUCACUAAUUAGUAGUCUUAUCGGGUAUGGUAAAGAUUUAAAUAAACUCAUAAAAAGUUUAGUCAAAAUUUCCAGAUAAUUUAUUACUUGUAUUUAUGGUAGAAGGUUGAAUAAGGAUAUUGUACUAAUAUGGUAAGAAGAUUAAACAAAACAUUAUAAUAUGGUAGAGCUAAAAAUCAAAACACAUAUGCUAUAUAUAUCUGAAUAACUUAGUCAAGAUUUCUUAUGCGUCUUUUCAACUAACUAAAUAUAACUGGGAUUCAAGAUAUCAUUCAAUAAAGAAUUUCUAUCAGUUUUUAAGGUACACCUGCAAAUUUUAUGAUAAAUCUAAUCACUAGUGAUAUUAUUACAUAUCAUAUUUUUAUAUUGCAUCACUAUCACAGAAUAUAUUAAUCUUUUUCAUAAUAUAUUUAGUUUUGAAAUUAUAUUGAUUUACUUAUAAGAAAUAAUACAUAUUCCCAAUUUGAUAUUUUGAAAGUUCUUUAAAUAGAAAAAUUAUAAUCGUAAAAGGCAUGUAAUUAUAUGUUUUAGAACAGUGUUUGUCCAAAUUUUAUGAUAAAUCUAAUCACUAGUGAUAUUAUUACAUAUCAUAUUUUUAUAUUGCAUCACUAUCACAAAAUAUAUUAAUCUUUUUCAUAAUAUGUUUAGUUUUGAAAUUAUAUUGAUUUACUUAUAAGAAAUAAUACAUAUUCCCAAUUUGAUAUUUUGAAAGUUCUUUAAAUAGAAAAAUUAUAAUCGUAAAAGGCCUGUAAUUAUAUGUUUUAGAACAGUGUUUGUCCAUUUCCGUCGUGUUGCAUAAAUUUAAAUUACAUUUUUCUAGUGGUUCACAUUAUUGUAUAGACUAAGGAAAUAUUUUUUCUUAAUCUCUUGAAAUAUUAAAUUUUCAAAAAAAUAAAUUGUAUAGAAGCAUUAAUUAAUUAUUUGCUUGCAAUUUUUGAGUUUAUAUUACUUAAUGCAAUUUUUGAAUCUCUUUGAUUUCCCAGUUCAUAUAACAGAAUCUCAUUAUUGUUUCUUUAAAUAAAAUUUGGGAGUUCAAAUACUUAAAAUUGUUUGUAAUUAUAUGUAGUAAAAAAAAAUUCUGUUAGAUUCUUGGAAUUGAAUGCUGUUAUUCAUAGUAUUAUUUUGAAAUUUACAGGAAUUGAUGUCAAAAGAGAUGGCUAAAAUAAUUCGAGAUGUGCUAAUGCUAAGAGAAGAUCAGGCUCCUAAAGUUGGAGCAAGCCUGAGCCGAUCUGAACCAAGGAAGAUUUUAAUGGUUGGCAUUAAACCUCACAUACCUGACUUGAAUGUGAAACCUUGUUCUGAUUCCGACGAGGAAGAAAAAGGAGAAAUUGCAAAAGAAUUUCAGAAUCUUGCAGGUUUAAAGACUCAUGAUGCCUGUUACGUUAAUAAUAAGCUUUUGUACGAGCUUGAGGUCGAGAUCAUUGCUCGUCUACCAUGCUUUGAAUAUUGGAAACUGCAGUUUCUUAACAAGAAAUUCUUGCAGUUAUUAAAGAGCUGUGAAAUUUUCAGGGUGAGACAAGAAAAGGGAUUUGUGAAACCCCAUGUGAUUUUGCAUUCAGGGGCUGUAUCUAAUUGGGAAAUGUUUGAUAAGGAUUUUAAAACCUUUCGGAGACUUCCCAAAGUUCCUUCUUCUGACUAUUGCUUUUUCCACAGCGAUAAGGAAACAAUUAGUGUGGGUACUCAACUAAUUGUCAUAGGGAGAGAAAUAGAUGGAAUUGUGGUGUUUCGCUAUGAGCUAGAGAAUCAUAAGUGGUUCAAAGGUCCUUCAAUGAUCACACCGAGGGUCAUGUACGGUUCUGCAAGCCAUGGUAAAACCGCAUUUUUUGCAGGAGGCAUUAAAAUGGAUGAAAAUGGGAACCCUGUUGUUGUGCAAACUGUAGAAAAGUAUAAUGCUGAUACAAAAAGGUGGACUAUGAUUAACGGAAUGCAUAAAGCAAGGAAAUUCAGCUCAGGAUGUUUCUUGCGUGGAAAAUUUUACGUCCUCGGUGGCCGAGAUGAUAAUGAUAAACACCUCACUUGUGGAGAAAGAUAUGAUGAGAGGACCAAUUCUUGGGAGUUGAUACCUGACAUGCUAAAAGACAUGACACUCAUUGCGCAUUCCCAAUCUCCGCCCCUUAUUGCUGUUGUUGAUGACAAUCUAUACAUGUUAGAAACAUCUUUGAACGAGCUUCGGGUAUAUGAUAUAAACACAAAUAUUUGGAAAAAACUUGGUGUUGUCCCUGUGAGCGCAAACGCUGCCUUCGGUUGGGGGAUUGCGUUUAAAUCGAUGGGAGACAGACUUCUGGUGAUUGGAACUUCUCACUCUUGGCAUAGGAAGACAGUAGUGCACUCAUGUCGUCCUUCUCCAGACGUGGAAGAGCAGCACUGGGAAGAAAUAAAACAUUGGUGUGUUGGUGCUGAGCUCCCACAGUUUAUUCAUAACUGUUGUGUGAUGUUUGCUUAAAGUUUUCUCCAAGGAAAACUUGGAAACUUAUUUGUUUUUGCAUUUGUGCUUAAAGUUGUUGCAUUUGGUUUUAAGUUGUUUGGUUUGUGUUUUUCUGAUUUUUUUGUUUUUCAUUUGGGAUACUAUUGUUGUCUAUGUAAUGGUUAUUUAUUUAUUUUGGUUUUGUUUUUUCCCUCUUGAGCCAAAAAUGUCACUGACAAAAUAGAUAAAACCAACCCAAACCAAACCAUAUCCAAAUGGUUUUAAACUUAUAUGGGUUAUGGUUUUAACCAAUCCAAUCCAUUUGACAAAUGGAUUAUGUCAAUCCAUUUGACAAAUGGAUUGGGUCAAUCCAUAACUCAUUUAAGUUAAUGAUUUAAUGGUUU